AUGGAGAAAAUAUUUGCUGAGCGAACUCAGCACCUGAGGAAGGGCUGUGAGAAGACUGAGGAGAGGAACAAAUACAUUAUUAAAAACAGACAAAGUCAAACAGAAUUGCUAUACUUCAAAAAAUAUCACUUUAGUAUUUGUGAAGUACCCAAAGCUGGUAGUACGCUUUGGGCUAUAUUGUUUCUAAUGCUAGAAACACCUUUAUCAGCUGAACGUAUACUUAACACGCCAAGGCAUGAAAUACAUUACAAGGUUAAAGGGGAACGUGUCCAGUCCAAUAACGAGUUAUUGAAGUCCAGCCGAAUUGUUGUUUCUCGAGAUCCGUAUGCAAGAUUAUACUCUGCUUUCGUAGACAAAAUCUUUCUACUAAGAAAUGUCGAAUAUUCUAAUAAUUUAGCGAAUUCAUUGCAAAAAGGAUUGUCAAUGACGAAAGCGGGACCGUGCGGCUUUGACAUCAGCUUUCAUGAGUUUGUGGAUAAAGAAACUAAAAAUGGAUUGCGAGGGGGACACAUAGACCGACAUUGGGGUCCUAUUUACACAAUGUGUAAAGCCUGUGAUAUAGGGUAUCAAUACAUUAUACAACAAGAAACAUUAACUCGAGACACGGAGUACAUCAUUGGAAAGUUAAAGACCACUACAGAAAUAAAAGCAACUCUGUGGAAAUUGUUUCAUGGAUCUGAUUCUAAGAAACCGAUUGAAGUAGUCUUAAAAACAAUGUGGAGUGAUUUUGAUACUCCUUUGAUGAAAAAGUCUUGUAGCAACAAACUCGCCUUUGCCAUGAACUUAUGGGACGGGUUUAAAUUACAAGGUUAUAUCAGAACGGAUGCAGAAUUUCCAUUAUCAUUUCAGGAGAGUAGCAAUGUCAACGUCGAUGGCUUCACCAAAGCUAUUUUAGACGAAAUGUAUACGAACCCUCUAUCCAGCGUGGAGAGGAAGGAUCAACGUAGACGAGCUUUAGUUAAGGCUUAUGCAGACAUGCCUAGACGAAUCAUAGCUCAGAUCCAGCAAAUGUAUAAAAUGGAUUUUGAUUUGUUUAAUUAUGAUAUUGAUCCACCUACCUAA